GCUGUAGAAGGCUUUAUCAGCUCUUGCGGAGACUUUCCCCUGCACACACCACUCAAGGCUGGAGCUGUAGUGGAGGAAAAUGGGGCCUGUAGAUCUCCUGGCAUUUGCCUCUAUAGAAAUGAAUAGUACAACGGUUACCCUGGCUUUGCUGGCAGUCUUCCUGGUCCUGCUGUACUGGUACUCCACAUCUGCUUUCUCCAAACUAAACAAAGUAGGGAUCCGACACCCUCCACCUCUUCCUUUCAUUGGAAACCUGCUCUUUUUCCGUGAGGGUUUUUGGGAAAACCACGCAAAACUCAUAACCGAGUAUGGACCUGUUUGUGGGUAUUACAUUGGUCGCCAGAUGUUUGUGGUGGUCUCCACACCAGAGAUGAUCAAGCAAAUUUUAGUGACAAACUUCAGUAACUUCACCAACAGAACUAAGCCGAAUUUGAUUUCCAAGCCAAUGCUUGACAGCAUCCUUUGUCUUCGUGAUGACAGAUGGAAGUAUGUCCGGAGCCUCCUAAUCCCAGUCUUCAGUGAAACCAAACUAAAAGAGAUGACACCGCUAAUAAACCAGGCCUGUGACGUCCUGCUGUGUAACUUGAAAGUCUAUGCAGAUUCUGGCAAAGCUUUUGAUAUCCAGAGGUGUUACAACUGCUUUACCUUGGAUGUCGUUGGUAGUGUAGCUUUUGGUACUGAGGUGGAUUCUCAGAAGAAUCCUGAUGACCCCUUUGUUAAGAAUUGCAGAACAUUCUUUGAAAUGUCUUUGUUUAAGCCUCUCCUCAUUCUGAUACUUUCUUUCCCAUUCAUAAUGAUCCCAUUGCUCCGGAUUUUUCCAAACAAGAAACAAAAGGAACUGAAUGGAUUUUUUAUCCAAACCAUAAAAAAUGCAAUUAUCUUCAGAGACCAGCAAGAUGCAGCAGAGAGACGCAGAGAUUUUCUUCAGUGGAUGCUCGACUCCCGCAACUCAGCUGACUCCCUGGCAGCCGGGUGUUUUGAUGUGAGCAGUCCAUCUGCUGCUUCCAGACAGAACGAGUCACCUCUUGCUGGCAGAGCCCCAUCUGAAAAGGUUCAGAAGAUGUUAACAGAGGAUGAGAUAGCAGGCCAAGCUUUCCUGUUCCUGAUCGCUGGGUUUGAGACCACCACUAGCACACUGUCCUUUGCCACGUACUUGCUAGCCACCAACCCAGAGUGCCAGGAGAAGGUGCUUCAGGAGGUUGAUGAGUUCUCAGCAAAACAUAUGGUCCCUGAUUACCAAAAUGUACAAGAACUCCCUUAUCUGGAGAUGGUGAUUGCAGAGACAUUGCGCAUGUAUCCACCUGCAUUCAGGUUCACACGGGAAGCAGCUGAAGACUGCAUAGUGCUGGGGCAGCGUAUUCCAGCGGGGGCUGUCAUUGAAACGGCAGUUGGACAUCUCCACCACAACCCUGAGUUCUGGCCAGAGCCUGAGAAGUUCAUGCCUGAGAGGUUUACAGAGGAGGCCAAGAAGGAACGACAUCCCUUUGCAUACCUGCCCUUUGGAGCAGGACCACGUGGCUGCAUUGGCAUGAAAAUGGGUUUGCUGGAGACAAAAAUUACUCUGCUGAGGAUUCUGCAGAAGUUUCAAUUUAAGACCUGCCCAGAGACUGAGAUUCCUUUGCAGCUGAAAUCAAAAGCCACACUCGGACCAAAAAAUGGAGUUUACAUUAUGUUAGAAUCUCGCUAAAAGGAAAUGUACAUCCUGAAGCCUCCUGGGAUGAGACCCCUUGUUCAGUGACUCACUGGGUGUAAUUAUUUUUCAGAACCCCAAAGACAGGUAGGAGCCUAAAGUCCCACUGACAGUCAGUAGGUGCUGCCUCACUGCCUUCCUGUGGGAGAGCCUCCCGUCAACUUUUUUAAAUGAGGUGUGGGCUCCACAGUGUUUUUGGUGGUUUUCAAAUUGCUGUGAAUAGUACCUGUAAAGAAGCAUCCCACUUUCACUUGCUUUUCUACAUUACACUUCCUUUCACUCAUUUUGAGAAUGCUUUCUUCAUGCUCAAGUUCAAUAAAUGGAGCAGGUGUUAAGCAUACAUGCGAUUUACAGUAGAUUUUAAUUACAAUUCAUUAUCUCACACAUCCUUCUCAUGCACUUAGAAGUCCCUACUCUAGCAGAAGCCCAAGAGGCACCACAGUUAUAGCAGAAGACCUGCGAUCCAGUGCAUUGGAUUUUAUCAUGAGCUCUGCUAAAAAUCAAAGCCAAGUCUGCUGCACAAUGCUUAAUCUCUCCCUGUGUCUGUACAGUGGAAGGAGUUGCACCUUCUUCAUGCUUUUGAAGCGAUUAGAAGUACACUUAGAUUAACAGUUUGCACUUGGCACAUUGCAUCGACACGACUGAAGGCGAAUGAAGAGUUUCACUGCUUGCCAGUUAAGUUCCAGGAGCUAAGACUCAAAGAAAUGAGGUGACAGUCAUUUUGCUGGCUACUGAACUGUUGUUGGAAAGGUGGAGAAAAAGAAGAUACAAAUUUAAAAAAAAAGCAGGAGGACUGGAGGAAAUGUAAGGGUAAUCAGAAGGUGUAGGUACAACUUCUGCUUCAUGCUGAGGUCUUACCUUUCCAGGCAUUGCAUGUGGCAAGAUCCUUGUCUAGCUCAUUGACUCAAGGAAAUAAAGAGUGCUGCAUGGCAAGGGAGUGGGUUUCAGGAUCAUCAGUCCCAGCAGCUCUCUUGAUUCCUUAUGUGAUCCUGGAGCAGGUCAUGUCCCAAGUGACUAACUCCACUUAGGAAGAAACUUGUCUGAUUGCCAGCUGCAGCAGCACCAUGGAUCUGUUCAAGCUGUAUGUGCACAUGCAUCUUCACAGCCCAAGCAGCAGUACGCUUCCACUAUUCGCAUUCCCUCCAUGCUCUUUCCUACUCUUCAGCCCUUCAGUCACCACAUAGCUAGUGGAGCAUGGCAAAGCAGUGAUCAGUUGACCAGAAAAAAAACCCCAUUUCUUUCAGUGGGCACCACAAGCUGGUUGGCUGCACAGCAAAAGCACAAGAGGAGAUGAUCUCAGUCUCUUGGUCUUUUUUUUCUUUUUUUUUAAAGUUUUUAUAAAUAGCAAAAAUUCUUAUGGCACCAUAAAAAUAAGGAAGCACCUUUUGGUUCUUUGCAAGUGUUGACCUUCUGCCUGCUGACAUUCUCUGCUCGAGGUUUUCUUAGGUACAGCAUCUCUCUUGGUGGUAUGUACAGAGAAGCGUCAUGGCAGCAGGAGGAAGAGACUGACUGCUCAGCUUCACUGCAAGGCUUGCUGCAAGGAGCCAUCUGCUCACUGAUCCCUAGCUAGUUACCUAGUUUCUCUCCAGCAAGCACCUUUUGCUGCCUUCUUCCCACAUGCUGCCUUAACACUGAUCAACUUACUGUAUCCUGCUCAUGGAAGAUUUUGUCUUUCUCUUUCAUGGGAAUUUUUUUUUUUAAAAAAAACCAGAACUGUACGGGUAGUAGUGCUGAAGUACUGACCUGGCAGUCUUGGAAUUGGUCCUAUUUCCAUGGAGCAUCUCUGGCAUGCUAAACCGAAGUCCCUUGUUACAGACACACUGAUUAUAUGAAUUACUGAUGAAGUGAUUGUUAUUUAUUUGAACAGCAACACACUGUAUAUACCCUAGUUUCUACACGUUAUCCAUCAUUUUUCCUUCUUGAAAAUAAUGUCCUGGCAGCUUAUACAUACAACUGGGAAAAAGUUGGCUGAGCCAUGCCUAAAAACUUCUCAGCUACCUGAAUGAGCAGGAAGUUCAUUCCAGUCCAAAGAAGUCAGCUAUCAGAGGCUUGUUUAACCCUUUUUUUUUUUUUUUUUCUAUUUUGAUUCCUUAUGUGAUUUAGCAGGUUGCUGUGUGCUUCAUUUUUGACCAAAUACUUCAAGCCUAAAUCAAGCUUGUGCACUUCUUCCAUAUGCUUUUGUAUGGACUGUUCUAUAGCUUGUCUGUUUAUAUCCUCAGUGUUUAUCCAACAAAGUGCCACUAAUGUGUAGAACAGGUGAACAACUCAUAUUUCUGUGCCUGAACAGAGCAUUAUAAACUUGACUCCACUGGAAGAAAGACAGUACUGCAGUGGCUGCAACUAUGCAUCACAUUUUACAGGCUUGGAAACUGCACCAAAAAUCUUUCCCAGCUGCUUCUGAGUUGAACGUGGACAGUAUGAGUGCAAAUAAACUCACUUGACUCUGCGCUGUUUUUUUCAACCAUCCUGCAAAGUUUUCUGGUUCAGAAGUAUUAUCUGGUUUUGCUUGUCAGUUUAUAGUGGUAUGAAAUAGAAGCAUUUUUUGCAGCUGGAGACCAAGUCAGAUUUCUGGAAGUGUAUCAUCCCUUGUUCUACUUGCAGGCCUAGCGAGACAGAUAGAGGAGUAAGAUGGAGAAAACGCUGCCAACUUUCCAAUAAUAUAGGCAGAGCCCCAAGCCAUUUCUUCCUUUUAAACAACAGCUGCUGAUAGUCACCAGACACUGCACAGACAUUUUACCAGGAUACUUAGUGAUGCUAGCCCUCGCCCUGGCUGUGUGGGCUCAGCAGCAUACCUAAAGAGAGAGCUGUGUCGAACCAGCACUGCUGUGGCCCCUGGAAGCACACAUUUGCAAAAACCAAACAUGAGACUGACAGCAGCUCUCCAAAACAGAAACUGGUAAUACCAUGUUAAUCAUGGUGUGUUUGUGCACCCAUAUAACAUGGUCCUGAACUGAUCUGAGCAAAGUUGGCUUAAGGAUCCAUAAAAAAACCCCAAAACCUACAAAGAAAAGAAGCAUUAUAUUUAUAGUUGUAAUACCAAAACAUAACAUUAUAUCCUGACGUUAUGGUGACAGCAUUUCUGGUACGACACGCUUCAGUCAACAGCAGUUGAGUCUAGGGAGGAGCAAGGAAGCUGAUUUAAAAUAAUUUCUCUCCUCAGAAACAGUAAGUGUGUUGUCUUGCAUUGCUGAGCUGUGGGUUUGUUUAAAAUUGGGCAUGUCUUUUACAAAAAGGUCUUAGUCAUUCUCUGACAGCUGAUACGAAGCAAAGGCUGCUUGGUAGAGGAAAGCUUCUAUUCAAAACAUCUUCUGGGACUUUGCAAUGAUUACAGAAAGGUGCCAAUAUAAAAUUAUAUUUUUAAUGAGAGUGCUGAUAUAGAAAACCUUUACAAUUUUGUACCUUUAUAAAUAUUAUUCCUGGAAAAAUGGAGCUGAGUGUUGGAAAUUAUUCUCCUUCAUUGGUUGCAAAUUUGAACUAUCUAUUCUUACCUGGCAUUAAACUGCAGAAUUUUCUCUCUCCAUGUGAUACUUUCCUAAAGGACCACCUUCUCAUUUCCCUGUGUUAAAUGAUGUUUCCAUCUUGGACACAACUUCAUGUAGCAUCAGAUUCUUCUGUGCAUUUACAGUA